UUGGUUUUUUUAGAUUAAAGUUGGAUUUGAAUCAACUAAAAUUGAACCCCAUUAGUUUAAAGUUGGUUUCAUCUUUUUUGUUCACAUGUUUUUACUCAUGUUUUUUUGUUCUCUGAAUUGCUUUUGUUCUCAAAUGGGUCACUUUUGAAACCAUGUUUGUUCAUAUUCUUUCAUUUUCUUGUUUCUAUUAUGUGUUUUGGUUUCUUUGAAUCCAUAAUUGAAGCCAAUAGUGAAGAAAGGCGAACCACACGAUGAAGAAUCAGCCGCGACUUUGUUGUCUUCCAAUCUCAGUGGUCUUGCGAUCUACACUCUUGGGUGUCUUAAGAGUAUGGGAAUUCCUGAACAUCGAAAAUGGAUGUAUAAAAGACUUCUUCCCAAUCGUGCUGGAAUGAGAACUGAAUUUGUCAGUGGUGUUAAGAAUUUUAUAGAACAAGCAAUUAGGCAACCUGAGUUUACAGAUAAUGGGGGUAAGCUUAGGUGUCCUUGCAGUAAACAUAGAAACAUAGAUUUCUUAACUCCAGGUGAGGUUACCCUUGAUUUGUAUAAGCAUGGUUUCCAACCAAGCUAUUGGUGUUGGGAUUCUCAUGGGGAGAGUUCUUUAAGCUCAAGUAGUAGAAAUGCAAAUAAUGUGAACAGAGAAAGCACUUGCAACCAGCCGUCAAGUUUUGAGUCACAAAGAAAUAACUAUGAGGCUAUGAUUGUUGAUGUUAUUAGGCCAGAAAAUUUGGACCAAUUUGAGCCACAGCAGGAGGAACCUCCAAACAGGGAAGCCAAACUCUUUUAUGAUUUGUUACAAUCUGCGCAACGACCAUUGUGGGAGGGUUGUGAUACCCACUCUGAAUUAUCUAUGGCGGUUGAACUGUUGCCAUUGAACCUGAUGAUGAUGAAGGAAUUGAGCAAGAAGGCCUUGAAGAAAUAGAGCCGUAUGGAAAUGAGUUCAAUCCAUCAUCUGCUAUUCCUUUCUUGACGAAAUCCAUUAAGAGCAAAUUGGAUUGGUUUUGUCCUACAUGGGGACAUGCAUCUCUUGACCAGAAGUUGUUAUGGUUUACUGAAUUUAAGAAGUAUUGUAAAUGGCAUCCUAAAUAUGAUGCUAAGAUUCGACAAAUUUUUGAAAUCAAGGGAGAAGCUAGAUUCAGAGGUAUGAUGUUUCAAGAGAGAAAAAAUUAUGCAAAAAAUUCUGAAUACAGGCCAAAGUACAUCCCUGAGCCAGUAUGGAAUCAAUUAAUACAUUAUUGGGCAUCCGAUAAAAAUUUUAAGAAUUUAUCAGUGGCAAACACUGCAAAUCGUGCUUCAACUCAAGGUAGCUCCAUUCAUACUGUUGGUUCUAUAUCUAUGGGUGAGAAGGAACGUAGGAUGGAGAAUGAAAUAGGAGUCAAGCCUCCAGUGGAGGAGGUAUUUGCUAUUUGCCAUAUCAGAAAGGAUAAGAAAUGGGUUGAUAGUAGAGCUGAGCAUGCCUAUGGAGCUUUUAAGAAGAGAAAAGCAGAGCUUUUGGAAAUAUCUAUGUCUCAAAAUCAAGAGGAAGAAGGAUUGUCUUCCGAAAGCCAUAAUAAUAUGCCAGAUGACUUGACUAUUUGGAAAGAAGUAGCUCCUAAAGGUAAAAAAGGAAAAUUAUAUGGUUUAGGUUCUAUAGGAACAAAUACUUCGAAGUAUACUAUUGGUUCAUGCUCGAAUGCCUUUAAGGAAAAAAACAUGGAACAAGAGCUCUUAAAAUGGAAAGAAAAGGUAAAAGAGCAAGAACGUAUAAACCAAGAGCAAAAACAAAAAUUAGAGCAGCAACAAAAAAGAAUUGAGUCAAAUGAAAGCAUGCUUGCAACUUUAUUUGAAAAGUUGAAUAUGCCAUUGCCUCCAAACUUUGCUUGUGCGACACCUAUGCAAGAUGAACCAAAUGAUGUUGGUGAAGCCUCUAAUGAAAACAAUGAUGAUAAUUUUGGAUUUGAAUGAUAAGUUUGGCCCAACUGAUUUUCUGUUGUUCAACUGUUUUGUGGUUGUUGCUACCAGUUUCUCUGUUUUUUUUUUUGAUGAAUUAUGUGUUUGACUACUGUCUUGUAUUUGGCUUUGUCAUGGGAGUUCCUUUUGGUUGGAGUUAUGUUGUCUCCCCUAUCCCUGCUAGUGCACUUCAUUGUGUUACUUUUAUUGUUGAGUAUUGACUAAUGAACAAUUUAGCCAUGUUAGUUUGUGAUAUACUGAGUUAGAACAUUGAGCACUUA